AUGUUAGAGCCUGUGCCUGCGGCGGCUACGGCCAGUGCGGCCAGUGAGACUGUUCGGCCGUCGAGGGCCGAGAGGCUGAAAACAGUCUUUGCAGCACCGUCACAGGAGAAUCUGGACAAGGAUUCCCCACGUACCAAUGCAGCAUGCCCUAAGCUCCGUGGAGCAGCAUCGGACUUGAUAGCGUGGUCCGUGCAGCCAUACAAUGUGGAUAUUGAGCUUCCUGACAGUGAUGACGAAGAUAAUAACAAGAAUGGAGAAGCUGACAAGGAGCUUGUCGCAAAGCUGACGAUGAGAGAGAAGUUGCGGAAGCUUGUCACGAGCAACGGAUUCGAGGCCAUGAGCUGUACAUUGAUCAGCAUCAACUUGAUAUUCCUCGGUGUCCAAGCCGAUUGCCAGAAGGGCUGCAGCAGCUUUACUGUGGCCAUGAUCGGUACCUUGGACGAGAGCUUCACGGCACUCUUCCUCGUCGAGUGGUGUCUUUGCGUUGCUGCCCAUGGGACAAGCUAUUUCUCAACUGCCUCCAACUGGCUGGAUACAUUUAUUGUCUGGGUGGUUGGUGUAUUCCUGCUUUGGAUUGCACCGCUGAUUUUUGGUGCCGAGGGCUUGGCUGCUUUCCAGGCAAUUCGAGCAAUUAGAGGCAUGCGGUCCUUGCGGUCUUUCCGAGUGCUACGACACUUCCAAAGCUUCCGGAUGUUGUUGACGGGCUUCUUGGGAACAAUCUUCACCCUGGCGGCGUGCAUCUUGAUGAUCUUCCUAACUGACUUGACCUUCGGCAUCAUCUCCGUGGACAUCAUAGGACGAGAUUCCAGAUGGGGAACGGCUCCUGAAGGAACGGCGGCCUGGUACUUCCAGAACGGCUUGAUUCAAGCCAGCCUAACCAUGUCCCGCUUCAUUUUCAGCGACAAUGCAGUCAGCCUCAUUGAAGAGCUGCAAGAGACACAGCCUUUCAUCUGGAUCUACUGCUUUGCUUUCAUGGCAAUCGCCGCUUAUGUCAUCCUCAAUCUGGUUACAGCCACGAUCUGUGACAAGGCGCAGGCAAUCGUGAACGAGAAUGAAGCCGAGAGGUUGUUUGAGAUGCGAAUGGAGGAGAAGAGGAACAUGAAAGACCUCAAGCACAUUUUCGAGGUUCUGGAUGAGGAUGGGAGCGGGCUGGUAACGACGGAGGAGUUUGAUGCCGCUUUCGAAAUCCAGCGGUGCAGGGACAAAUUCUUCUUGCUGGGUUUCGAAGAGGAAGAGAUGAAGCAACUUUUCCGGGUGUUGGACGACGAUGGGCAAGGUGAGCUGAGUGUCUCCGAGUUCCUCAAGGGAAUGGCACAGGUGCAAGGAGAUGCUGAUUCGAAAGCGAUGCUGGUGGCCAGCAAAACCAUGGAGAAGGUCAAGGUCGCCUAUGAGAAGGUCAUGGGCGCAAAAGGAGGGACGGCGUCCAUGGAGCUCCGGCAAACAAUCCGCGCUGAGCCGACGUUGGACGAGCAGCUGACUUCCUUGGAAAGCUAUGCCAUGGCCCGACUCGACAGGAUUGAUGAAUUGCUUCGGUCUUUCCAUGCCAAAGCUGAUGCAGCCAACCUAGAUGCUGCCGCAAAGGCAGCUUUAGCGUCGCUCCAGGGCGUAAGCUUCUCGAGCAAAGGUGAGCAUAAAGGAGCCCAGCCAAGACCUGCUCCUCAGGCUCAGGUCCAACAAGCAAGCGAAAAGCAGGACCGACUCUUCGUCUCGAAGGUGCCCCAGUCGUUGGGCCAAGCCGAACUUCGGGCACACUUCGCGCAGUUCGGUGACCUGACAGAUGUCUACCUACCAGCUCCUCUGGGUGGUGGAGGCCACAAAGGAAUUUGCUUUGUAUCUUUCGCUGAUGCUUCUGGCAUCCAGAAAGCGAUAGCACAUGGAGCGCACGAAGUGCAAGGUAGUCCAAUAUCGGUGGACAUCGCGGCACCACGAGCGCCACCGCCGUCCACGGUGACAGCUUCUGUGCAGAGCGGGUGCCGUGUCUUCUUGACGAAGGUCACGGCGGACGUGACGCGAGCGGACCUCCAGGCGCACUUCUGCAGAUUUGGCGAGCUGUCAGACUGCUAUGUCCCGCCUGGCAACAAGGGCAUAGCCUUUGUCAGCUUCAAAGAUCCCAGCACUGCUUCUUCGGUUGUAGCCCACCAGCAGCACGAGGUGAAGCCUGGCCUUGUGCUGAUUGCUGCCCCAGCAUUCGACAGACCUCAGCAGGGGUCCAAAGGAGGAGGCAAGGGUGGCUUCGGCUGCGGUGCGCUGACAGGUGGCGGCUGCAAUGCCUUCAACGGUGCCUGUGGUGGUUGUGACCUCGGCAGCUUCGCAGGCUUCGGAGGUGCUCCCUGCAGUGGAUGCGGCUUUAGUGACUUUUCCAUGAUGCAGGGAUUCCAGAAUGGUUUCCAAGCCGGUGCAAACCAACAAAGCUUUGGAGCACCGGCCUUUGCACCGCAGGGAGGAUUUGUCCCACAGGGCAUGCCCGGUGGCUUUCCUGUUCAAGACGGCAUGGGGCAGUUCCAGGCGAGUCAGCUGCAGACGCAGCAAGGUUUCGGCUUUGCGGACUUUGGCUGUCCGCAGAUGGGACAGGCAGCAGAUUACGGUGCCUUCCAGCACCCACAAACGGAGAGGCCUGGGCCGUACUGA